AUGAGUAAAUUAAAAGAUUCUUCAGAAGAAUAUUCAUCCACAAAAUAUACUCCAUUAACAACAACAUCAUCUUCCUCUUCUACUUCUACAAAAAUUAAACCACCUUUAUGGAAUACUUUUGAAUUUUAUAUUUAUUAUGUUGCAGUAGCAUUUAGUGUCUUUUAUGCGUUCAAAUCUGUAUAUGACUUGAGUCAAGAAACGCAUCCAAAUUAUUCAUAUUAUUCAAAAUAUUUAUCAAAAGGAUGGAUGUUUGGACGAAAAUUGGAUAACACAGACACUCAACUUGCUACUUUCAGAAAUAAUUAUUUUUUAUUAGCAUUUGCAUUAAUAAUUUAUUUAAUUAUAAUAUUUGAAGGUUCUAUUUUUAAUCCAUCAAUAACUUGGAUAUUUAAUUUAUCUGUAUUAUUUUUGAAUGAGGGUUAUUCUGGAUAUAAAUUUAGUAGUAUUAAUGAUCAUUUGGAAUUUUUGAGAAAACCCAAGGAUGCAAUAUUUUUCACAGAAACGGAGAGAAUUAUUACUCCAUGUUGUAAAGAAGAUUAUAAUUUUAUUUAUUAUUUAAGUUACAUUCUCUAUACACCAUUAUUUCUGGCUGGACCUAUAAUUACGUAUAAUGAUUUCAUCUCUCAAUUAAGAUAUUCUCGUGAUAUAGAUAUAAAAGGUGUAUUCUUAUAUGGAAUACGACUUUUAGGAGCAAUACUUUUAAUGGAAGUCAUGCUUCAUUAUAUUUAUGUUGUUGUGAUUGGUAAAGCAAGAGCAUUUUGGGCAAUGGCAGAUGGAAUUAUUGCACAAGAAAAUAUGAUGAGAUGUAUGAUGAAUAAUUAUUCAACUAGUGGAUUUUGGCGUAGGGGAAAUAAAAAUCCAGUAUUUAAUAUCUUAGUAAUAUUUACAUUUGUUGCACUUUGGCAUGAUAUUUCAUUAAAACUACUAGCAUGGGGUUGGCUAAUUUGGUUAUUUAUUUUACCUGAAAAAAUAGGUAGAACAAUUUUUUCAGAAAAAAAGUGGGGUGAUUGGCCAUAUUAUAGACAUUUGUGUGCGGUUGGAGCUGUGGCAAAUUUAUUAAUGAUGUGGAUGGCAAAUUUAAUUGGAUUUGCUAUUGGAUUAGAUGGAAUGAAAGUUUUAUUGAUAAAUAUUUUUAUGACAAAAGAUGCCGUAGGACUUACUGGCUUGGGAAUUUUUUGUGGAGCACAAAUUAUGUUUGAAAUCAGGGAAGAAGAAAAAAGAAAAGGAAUUAAUCAAGAAAUAAGAUAUUAA